GAAUUCGUUUUUCCACUCUAUAUUUGAUCGACUGUUGAAGGAAGAGGAGAUGCUUGGAUCAUUACGUGCUGGUACACAUUGGACUCCUAGUGUUUUUGCAGUUGCUCAAAAGGAAUGCGUAGACUCUUUCUUCUCACAGAAUUCUUAUAUUCCCUAUGAGACCAUGCAGAAGCUUGGAAUUUCUCUCAAGCCGUUCAGUUCUUACAGUCUAGAUACCCAGAUGGUAAACCUUUAGCUGCUGUAUUUAUUCAUUCCUCGAUGAUUGAGAUGCUGGAUUCUACCACCGAGGAUGCUAUUGAACAAAACAGCUGGAUCGAUUCCCUCUCUGUAUUGCCUGCAUCAUUCACGUCACAGGAUGCAAACAAGAUGUUGCUUCUUUGUCCCUCCGUCCAAUCAGCUCUCAAGGCUGAGAAAGCACUUAUCCUGGGCGAGUCCUAUGUCCUAAGCAAUGGGUUCAUAAAGGGAAUAUAUGAUCAAAUUGAGAAAGAGGCAGAAGCUUUUAGCAUCCAAGCUUCUAAUGCUAGUUUGAUAGAUCAUUCAAGCAAAUCUUCAGAAUCGGUAGAAAGCAUACCUGCCAGUACUAAUACGGAUAAAGGAUCAAAGAAGAAGAAAGGCAAGUCUGUCAGCAUGAAGACAGCAACCAAUGAGACGGUUUCAGAUGAUGAAGAGGACGCCCGUCCUAAAUCUAAGAGAAACCAGAAGAAAGGCAGGGGCUCGUCGUCGUCGCAGAAGUUGGAUUCGAAAGCAGGAGGCAAGAAAGAGUCCGUUAAGGCGCAAGAAGGUAAUAACUUUAUCCCGCCAGACGAGUGGGUGAUGAAAAAGAUCGUCGACUUUGUGCCUGAGUUUGAAGAUGAAGGUAUGGAGAACCCAGAUUCAAUUCUUAAGCAUUUGGCUGAUCUUAUGAGACCGAUGCUCAUUAAUUCACUAAAGGAGAGAAGAAAGAAAAUCUUCACAGAAAAUGCAGAUAGAAUGAAACGCUUGAUGGAAAAUCUUCAGAAAAAGCUUGAUGAGUCUUUCCUAAAUAUGCAACUUUACGAAAAAGCACUUGAGCUAUUUGAAGAUGACCAAUCGACCUCAGUUGUUUUACAUAGGCAUCUUCUGAGAACAACAACAGCCACAAUUGCUGAUACACUUCUUCAUGACUUGGACAUCCUCAACAAAUUGAAGAAUGGUACUGAAGUUGGAGACUCCAAAACUCAAGAUACAGUUUUGCUUGACUCUUCUGAAAGAACAGCCCUCAUAUGCAAAUUUGAUCACUACUCUAACGUGAUACUUUAUUGUUGCACUUGAACAAUGCCAGCUGAUGUUCGUCGCUCUUUUUUCCUUUUCCCUUGGGCUUACCAUGUUGAUUAUGUACUGUCUAAAAGUUGCUUGUUCUAUUAGAAAUUUAAUGGGAGUUGGUGAUCGUAACGAUGUGAAAAUUUUUAAUACCUAUAGGAUCAGAGGGGAGUUGUUACUAUUAUUUAGGCCUGACCAGUACAUUAAAAUGUCUGUUUCACGUAUUUUCUGCCACCUAGUUAAUCACUCUUUCCCGUGAAUGCAAACUAAACUCAUUGAUGGAAUUAUCUGUAUUUCAGCGCGUAGACGCUUUCAUGACCACCUUCAGAGACUUGGCAGAGGAAAGUGGAUUGGUCUUGAAAAAGCUUGACAAGGAACUGGAAAGGACGCUCCUACAUGCAUACGGUAAGGUAUGUACCACCCUAUCGCUGUUUCAAUAUGUUAGUGUAUGAUUCUGGAUCACUGCUUUUCAUCGCUUGGGGAUGUUCUUUGUACUUGGGAUUUGACAUCUCAAGUUUCUACCGAAUCAGACCCUGUUGCACUUCUCGCUAAAGUUGUCUCCCUCCUUUAUAUCAAGGCUCACAAUAAAGCUUUACAAGCCCCAGGCAGAGCUAUUGCUGCAGCUAUUUCACACUUGAAGGUAUUACUACGUUGGAUAGACAGUCACUAGUUGAAAAUGAUAAACUCGAUGAAUCUGCGUACAAAACUUUGACCGAUUACCAGACAGCAACUGUAACUCUUCUUGCUCUAAUGUCGGCUUCAACCGGAGAGGAACAUGACUGCUCCUCUGACAGAAUCCUGACCAAACGGGAACUCCUCGAGAGCCAAAUGCCAGUUCUUAGAAGCCUUGUCUUGGGCGACUCACAGCCACAACAAUCCUGAUCCCAAAAAGUUUUUGAUCUUACAGUUUCCUCAAGUGUUCCGCUGAUAUGCUACACUAAAACUUAGACAGUAGGAUGUUGAAUCCAGUUACGACUUUAUUUGGAUGAUUAUCAGUGGGCAGAUACUAUAUUUUAAAACUCUUUUAUUAAGAUUUUGAUACA